AUGUCUUCGGUGCGUCCUGAUAUCGAGGCUCCAUCACAUCCUCUUGAGAAGGACUUCGCUUUCAGAAACAAUGUGGCACAAGCCCAUGUUUCCAUAAGAAAUGGUUUCUUGAGAAAAGUAUAUGGCAUACUGUUCACACAACUCGCUGUCACAGCACUAGUCGCUGGGGCAAUGUUUUAUGUAAGGCAGCCGUUAUUAGAAGCCUCGGCCUUUGGUGGCUUGUCGCUGCUGUCGGCGUUUCUGGCUUUCGGAUUCCUCAUUGCGCUUGCCUUCAAGAAACAUGAGACGCCACUCAACUAUAUUCUUCUUUUUGGAUUUACUUUGUUGGAGUCGUUUGCUGUCGGGUCGAUAGUUCUCCACUACUCUGGAACCAUAGUACUUCAAGCGGUUGGCCUCACCGCUUUGGCCACUUUCGGUUUGAUGUCCUACACUUUCCAAACGAAACGCGACUUAAGCCAAUGGGGUUCCGGGCUGUGCGUGGCACUCCUUCUGCUCAUCAUAGCCGGUCCAAUAAACUUCUUCCUUGGAUCUUCACUGUUUGAAUUCUCGCUUUCCAUUGGAGGAGCUCUGCUGUUCAGCCUACUUAUCAUAUAUGAUACACACCGGAUCAUGCACCAUUGUUCCCCUGAGGACUAUAUCGUCGCGUGUAUUGAUUUAUACCUGGACAUUCUGAACCUCUUCCUCUACUUGCUUAGAAUUCUCAAGGACAUUCAGGGCAACAACUGAUAACGUCGUCAACCCGUCGCAAACCAGACUACCCCUGCUUGUUGUGAUUUUUAAUGACUUCUCAAUCGAGCACGGACCACGUGAUCGGUCACUAACGGUUGCAGUGUCACUCUUCGUUGUGUAUUUGUUUGUUUCAUUCUGAGUCCAGUUUUUGGUCGAACGCCCGACUCACUAAUUUGCUGUGGACUGAACACACCACUUGAAAUUUCAUUUCUUAAACUUUCUCUCUCUCUGAAGUUACCUGUUACGGUACCUCGUGGGAUGAUUCCACACCUGUGAUUGGUUAACAAACCGUGACUCAGAUGCUGCCACCUAUCUCAGAAAUGUGAGAACAUCUGCGUGUACUUUGGUCCAGUCCGUUUCUCGUUUACAGGUACUUUACCUAUUGCUCACUUGGUUACUGGUUUUUCCUUGGGUGGGUAUAUUCUAACUAAGUUGCUCGUUUACCUCGUCAUCCAAUGUUGAACUCGACUGUUCCCGACUCCUUGAACCACACAAAUUUGUUUAAGAAACGAAAUGGAUCUACUUGCUUGCAGCUUGUCAACAUUCUGCGACAUCUGUUUUCUACCCCG